UCAAAACCGGUUCCACAUGCGACCCUAUCUCUCAGAUGAGAAAUCUAGGCUGCUUUCGAGCUUAAUCGUCACAUUGGAGGUGAAGCGGAGCGAUCCGUUAAUUCAAAGGGCUCCUGCUCCUAGGCCCUCCCAGUUUAUUCGUUUCUUUAGUCCUUAGGACUCUUGGUGAAGUGAGCGCAGAAAAUGGGACCCAGACCGAUGGAGAUGCGUCCCACGCACAGGGGCGCAGGGCCCGAGAAAGGCGCGCUAGUCCUUUAAAGGGGAUGUGCCAACCCGGGCCUGCGGGAGGAAGUCAUUUGGAUCAUACAGCAGAUGUCCAGUUACAUGCCUGGGGAGACACCCUGGAGGAAGCGUUCGAGCAGUGCGCGAUGGCCAUGUUUGGUUACAUGACAGACACCGGCACUGUGGAGCCCCUCCAGACAGUCGAAGUCGAAACCCAAGGAGAUGACUUACAAUCUCUUCUCUUUCACUUUUUGGAUGAAUGGCUUUAUAAGUUCAGUGCUGACGAAUACUUCAUACCCCGGGAAGUGAAAGUACUUAGUAUUGAUCAAAAUAAUUUCAAAUUACGGUCAGUUGGGUGGGGAGAAGAAUUUUCAUUAUCUAAGCAUCCUCAGGGAACGGAAGUCAAGGCAAUAACAUACUCAGCAAUGCAGGUGUAUAAUGAAGAAAAACCAGAAGUUUUUGUCAUCAUUGACAUUUAAGAUGCCAAAUAAGAAAACGUGAAAGAGACUCCAAUGAAAAGAGUCUUCCUUUUAUAGAAGAUACCAUAAUAUAACUCCUACUGUAUCAGUUGAUUGUGGAAAUGGACUUUGUUGUUUUCUUAUUUUGUUUGUUUUUUAAUUUGAAGCGUGACUCUCAGAAGUGAAACUGUCAGGGCACAGCAUUGGCCUAUGUUACUCAAGUGUUCAAACGUUUAAAAAUUCCCCCAUGGCAAGCAUGGUUCCCCAUGUGUUGACUCUCAGAUGCAGCAGCAUUCUGCCUUUCUGGUGGGAACACAAGCCCCGAAGCCUGCUCCCCAGAGGGCUCCCACAUUUAAGCAGCACCCCAGGAAGCCACACAGCCUUCCAGCUCAUUUGAAUCCACUUUGGAAGAAAUGAAUAAAAAAAUAUUUUUAGAGAAAGAAUAAUUUGAGAAAACCAACAUCCAGUAUUUUUCUUUUCUUUUUUUUAAGAUAUACUUUUAUUUUUAUUUUUAUUUUUUUGCUUUUUGGGUGACACCCAGCGAUGCACAGGGGUUACUCCUGGCUCUGCGCUCAGGAAUUACCCCUGGCGGUGCUCAGGGGACCAUAUGGGAUGUUGGGAAUCAAACCCAGGUCGGCUGCAUGCAGGGCAAACGCCCUAUCCGCUGUGCUAUCACUCCAGCCCCUAGGAUUUUACUUUUCUUCCACAUUUUUGAGAUAUAUAUAUCACUGUAUCACUGUCAUCCCGUUGAUCAUCGAUUUGCAUAUAUAUAUAUUUAUAUGGACAUUAAAAACAAGUUGUGGUUUGUUUUUGUGUGUGUCUGUAUGUGUGUUGGUGCUGGGUAUCAAAUCCAGGGCCUUACAUGUAUAAACACAAGUGUUUUGCCACGAAACUACAUGUCUAGCCCCCAAAGAACUUGAGUUUAAAUUUUUUUUUUCUUUUUGGGUCACACCCGGCAAUGCACAGGGGUUACUCCUGGCUCUGCACUCAGGAAUUACUCCUGGCAGUGCUCAGGGGACCAUAUGGGAUGCUGGGAAUCGAACCGGGAUCGGCCGUGUGCAAGGCAAACGCCCUACCCACUGUGCUAUUGCUCCAGUCCCUGAGUUUAAAAUUUUGUUUUUCUUUUUUUUCCUUGGAUCACACCUGGCGAUCCCCUCAGGAAUUACUCCUGGCGGUGCUCGGCAACCAUAUGGGAUGCCAGGGAUCGAACCCGGGUCUGCCGCAUUCAAGGCAAAUACCCUACCCACUGUACUAUCACUCCGAACCCGAGCUUGAGUUUUAAAUUGUGUAGGAUAGAGGGGGAUAAUGCCCACCAACCUAUAUUCCAUUUGGUUUUCUUAGAAGAGAUAAUUAUAUUUGAAUAAUUGAAGACUUUUCUAGAAAAAGC